AGAGCCACUAGCGUCGCCAUCCCCGACGCCAUCCCCGACGCCAUCCCGCCAACUCGCCGUCGAGUUGAUCCCUCCGAUCCAGGCCUCUCUGCUGGGCUCCCGACCCACGACGACUCGCCGCGGUGGCCCUCACAUCGGGUGAGCAGCUACCGCAACAACCACAACACCACGCACCCCACGCCGGCAUGAUGAACAAUCGGGGGCAUCUGCCGGCUGGGCAGCAGGUGCAAGGGAGUGCUGACAUGGGUCCCGCGCCCGCCGGCGGUCCUCUACCUCGCCGCGGCGGCCGGCCCCAGCACUACCCCCCAGCCCACGCCUACCACCACGGCCAUCACAGUCACCACAACCAUCCACAACCACAUGUCAGCCAGCCAAUGUAUCCCGCCGGCUACAUGGCCGCCCCCUACGCCGGCGCCCACUACUACAUGCCUCCGCCCUACCAGAACGGCGCCAUGCCCGGCCCGGCCGGCUACAUGCCCUAUCCCAACCCAGGAUAUGUCCGGUCGCCUCCCGCGAUGCAGCACUUCGUACCGAUGCAGCAGUCGUAUGGCCGCCCCCCGCAACACUCCCCCAUUGUCUCUUCACCCUACCACCCCCCACCUCCCGCCGCCGCGCCCGUCGUCCCGCCCAUGCCACACACUCCGUCCUCCACCCACUCUCACGUCCUCCCGCCUCCUAUGACUCCUCCAGUCCAGCAGUUUCACGAGACUGCUGUUCAACCCCAGAUGCCCGUUCCAGUGCAACUCCCUCCUCAGCCCCAGCCGGAGCAGCCUCCUCAGUCCGAGCCCCAGCCUGGGUCGCGCCCGGUGUCGCAGCAAGAGGCGUAUCCCCCCCCUCCCCCUCCUCAGCAGGCGUCCGAACCUGCCACCAAGCCAUCCCCGACUCCCUCUGUCCAGCCGCCCAGACAGCCUUUCAGGCCACCGCUCCCCUGGCUCUCUCAGCCUGAUCUUCCCUUCCCCCAACGCACAUCGAAGCUGAGGAGGAGAAAGAAGCACCUUGGCGCUGAUGCCGAGAGAGUCGAGUUGCCCGGACAGCACGCACCCACUACUGACGCUCCCGUCGAAGACCCGGUGGCUCGGCAACCUUCGGAGGAUGCGCAGCAAGCCGGUGGUUCUACCCCGAAAGCGGAGUCCAAGACCGAGGCCCCCGCCACCCGGUCUGAGACACCUUCCACCCAAGAUCAGCCCUCCGAGCCCGCUGUUUCGAGCGCACCAACCACACCGAGUUCUGCGCAGCCGCCCAAGGUGUCUGCCGCUACCCCAAGCACUCCGGCCGGCGUGAAGCCUGCGGUACCCGCAGUUCCCGUUGUCCCUGCGUUGCCCAAGGCGAGCCCGAAAGAGGCCAAGUCAUCGGCUGCCGUUGAGAAGGCGGCCCCUGCCAGGGCCCAAGCCGCCGUCGCCCCUGCCGAACAGCCGGCCGAGGCCGCCAAGCUGGCUGGGGAGAAGGUGGAUGGGAGCGCCGAGGUUGCCCAGCCGGCACCUGCCUGGUCCAAGCCGAAGCUUUGGACGGGUCUUUUUUCCAAGCCUGGCAGCUCUGUCGCAAGCACAAGCUCUGCAGCCGCUGCCGCCCAGGCGCAGACCAACGGCAACACGGCAGAGGGUUCGACCGUGGUGCCCGGACCCGGCGGCUUCGCCAAGGCCAACGCGAACUCGCUCGCGCAGGCCCUGCAAGCCUACCGCCCCGGCAUCCCCGACCGGCUUGCCUUCCUAGAGCCGAGGGGUCUCGUGAAUACCGGUAAUAUGUGUUAUAUGAAUUCGGUUUUGCAAGUUCUCAUCUUUUGCAUUCCUUUCUUGGACUUCCUCGACCAAGUCAGCAAGAAGGCCGCCCACAGUUUCAAGAGCGAGACGCCUCUGUUGGAUGCGAUGAUCAUGUUCAUGCGCGAGUUUAAGGUGAUAGACUCGGCCACGUCGGCGGAGCAGCUCAGGAAGCGCCUCAAGAGCGAGGAGUACGAGAAGUUCGGCGAGCCUUUCACCCCCGAGUUCGUUUAUGACGCCAUCCGGACGCUUCCUCGCUUUGCGAGCAUGAGGCGCGGUCAUCAACAAGAUGCCCAAGAAUUCCUCGGGUUCCUCCUCGAGGGUCUCCAUGACGAGUGCGUCCAGGUGAUGCGUACGGUGCCCGCUUCGACUGCAUCUACCGCUCCUAACUCGUCACUUCCGUCUCCGACCUCGUCGAGGGCAAACGAUGCCUCAGAGGGUGGUGAUGACUGGCUCGAGGUUGGUCCCCGUCAGCGGUCCGCCGUCACGCGGUCCUCAGGUCACUCGAAUACGUUGUCACCCAUCACCAAGAUCUUCGGCGGGCAGCUGCGCUCGGAACUGCGCGUCCCGGGCAACAAGAAUUCUGUCACGCUCGAGCCAUACCAGCCUCUGCAGCUCGACAUUGGCUCUCCUGAGGUGCGGAACAUUAUCGACGCCCUCAAGGGCCUCACGCGACCCGAAGUGCUCCAUGGCGACUUCAACUCACCCCACGGCAAGGACGUCCGGGCGACCAAGCAGGUCUUCAUCGAGUCUGUGCCGCCGGUCUUGAUCUUGCACCUGAAGCGCUUCCAAUUCGACGCCGAGGGCUACGGCGGCACCGUUAAGAUCUGGAAGAAGGUCGGUUAUCCGCUCGAGUUCGAGUUCCCCCGGGAAGUGCUGUCGCGCCAGACCCGCAACAGCAUCCUUGCGGAGAACUCGGGCACUCCUCGGUACCGUCUGAUUGCGGUCGUCUACCACCACGGCAAGAACGCCAGCGGCGGUCACUACACUGUCGACGUCCGCCGCCAGGACGGCCGGGAAUGGAUCCGGAUUGAUGACACAGUCAUUCGGCGGGUGCGGGAUGAGGAUGUCGCCGAGAGCGGCGCCGAGGAGGACGCCGGCAAGAUCGACGGCCGAAGAGACGCGGGCGCCGCUGCCUCGGGCAACCGCUUCCUUGGAAUCGACGACGAGGACACUGGGGAUGACGACGGCUGGAAGCAGGCGGCUGGCGGCAAGAAAUGGAGCAGCGUCGUCAACGGCGCGUCGACGGCUUCCUCCAACGGCCAGAAAGCCAAGCAGCAGCACAAGGAGAGCAUGAAGGAGAACAAGGUCGCUUACCUGCUGUUCUACCAGCGCAUCUGAAUCCCGCGAUCGGCGGGAUUCGAAUGGAUACGGGUACGCAGUCCCAACUACAGGGAAUACAAGAUGACGUGUGUGAUUCACACCGUCUAGGCGCACCACCAUGAUGAGGACAACGUGGCGUUACGGAGGAAAAAGAAAAAGGGGAAAAAAGGGCACCUGGCCGAUAGACGCAUCGUUCCUCUUCCUUUGCUCGAAGA